AGAAUCAGAAGACCCCCAUCAUAUGGUCAAAAAGUAGAAAGCCACCAUAGGGCAUCCAUUCAUAAUUCCACUCACAAGGCUUAAAAUAAGAUUAUUGAUGAAAUUUCACACCCAAAAAUAACAAUAAAGUAUAGUGAUUUCACAAGGUGUAGUCAAAAAGUAAACCAACCCCAUAAAAGCCAACUCACAAACAACUCAAAAACAUUCUUUCUUCCUUUAAACUAAGGACAAAGCAGGUGAUCUUUUUUUGUUCUUGAGAAGACAUCAUCUUAUAUUGCUUUUCUUCUCUCACUUUUUAUGGAUACUACUACUCAAUGGACACAGGAUAUUGGACUUGUAACAUCCAAUAUGGCUACACAAAUAGCUCCACCUAAUGUUACAUGUUCAAGAACAUCUUCUACAAUGGAGAAAAAAGUCAGGCCACAAAAAGAUCAAGUUGUAAAUUGUCCAAGGUGCAAUUCAACAAAUACCAAGUUUUGUUACUACAACAACUAUAGUCUUACUCAACCAAGAUACUUUUGCAAGACUUGUAGAAGGUAUUGGACAGAAGGUGGUACACUAAGAAAUGUUCCAGUUGGAGGUGGUUCAAGGAAGAAUAGUAGAUGUUCAAUAUUAUCAUCAUCUUCUCAAAAGCUUCUUGAUCUAAACCCUAAUCCAAGUCUUAGUUCUCUUCAAAACCCUAAUUACAAUCUUAAUCUUGGAAGUAACCAAGAUCUUAAUCUAGGGUUUCCAUCUAUUAACAUACAUGAUCAUAAUAAUUACUUUCGUGGCAUGCCUCAAUUUCUUGAAUUUCCUAAAAUGGACAAGGGCAAUAAUGGAAUCGAUCAUUUUUCAACUUCAACUUCAAAUACUACUCCAGUUUCAGCUCUUGAUCUUCUUCGAACGGGGAUUGCUUCAAGAGGUUUAAGUGCAUUUAUAUCUUCAUCAUCACCAGCAACACCAGAUUUAAACGCGUUGUACACAUCAAGUGAAGUUCAAGAAAAUGGUGCAAAAAUGAUGUUCCCAUUUGGAUGUUUGAAUAAUCAUAAUAAUAGUGAGAGUAAAGGGCAAGAGAAUUCAUCAAGUGUUGGAUAUUGGAAUGAUGGAAUGUUAGGUGGAGGAGGAACAUGGUGAAUAAGGAAUUGAAAGAAAAUAUUGUGCAAAAAUCUCACUUUGUAAUUGUUUUUUUUUUGGAUGUUGUUAUAUUGUUUUUUUAUCAUUGGACAUGCUUUGAUCAUUAAUUUGUUUGGAACUAGAUAGAAGAUAGAUCUAGUUUCCUUGUUAUUCACUUUACUCUUUGAUAAGUGUUUCUAAUGUUUGGAUCAUAACAACUUUUUUCU